AUGAAAGCAUAUCGAUUCCACAACGUCGAGGCUGGUCUCCAGUUGGAAGACAUUGAUGUGCCAGAAGUUUCAAGCAGCGAGGUAUUAAUCGCUGUUAAGGCCGCUGGAUUGUGUCAUUCAGACUGCCAUACCUUGAAAGGAAGCAACUGGGGCGGCAAAUUUCCGAUUACCCUUGGCCACGAAGUAGCUGGAACCGUUGUCACACUGGGAAAGAAUGUUUCCAACGUUAAGGUUGGCGACAGAGUUGCCGUUGCCCUCCCCGGUCAGCCAAUUGAAGAGAUGGAAUUUUCCAGUGUGAUCGGAGUCGGCUUCGAUGGAGGAUAUGCCGAAUACGCCGCAGUUCCAGCUAAAUUUCUUGUUCCGAUUCCAGAUAAUGUCACUUUUGAGCAAGCUGCUGUUGCCACUGACUCCAUCUCGACCGCGUACCACGCUAUUCUCGCCGAAGGCAAAAUUACCACGUCCACCACAGUUGCAGUCGUCGGACUGGGUGGGGUGGGAAUGAAUGGUCUUCACUUUGCGAUCCUUCAGGGCGCCCGUGUGUAUGGGUUCGACAUCGAUCCCGCCAAGCGUGACGCAGCCAAAAGAUUGGGAGCCAUUGAAUGUUUCGAUAGCCUUGACUGCAUCAAGGAUGUCUCGAUUGACGUGAUUGUGGAUUUCGUUGGUUUGACCGCCACAUUAUCCAAAGCCGUCACAGCGGUCAAGCUGGGAGGCCGCAUUGUGGCCGUCGGUUUAGGUGAUCCCGAAAUCACCCUGCCGACUUUCAGCCUGGUCUCUCGUGCUAUUGAACUGAAAGGUUCAAUUGGGGCAUCGUUGGAGGAUUUCCAUGCUGUCUUGCAACUUAUUUCAUCCGGAGACAUCCGACCUGUCUUAGAAUGUAUCCCCUUCAGUGACGUGGUCGAUGGUCUUCAUCGCCUAGAGCGAGGUGGGGUCCCUGGACGACUUUACACAAUACCCGUUGCGAUUGCAUAG